UGUGUAUGGGAAAGAAAUCUGCAGAGGCAUGAUGAGGUGUCUGAUAUUCGGCCUGCUAUGUCUGGUUCUUACUGAGGGACUUGUCAGAGUUCCUCUUGUUAAAAAGGAGACCAUAAUGAGAGAAAGGGGUCUCCUCAAGGAAAUGCUGAAGUACUCACAGUACAGCUCUCAAGAUGGUUACAAUGAAAAGUUGGUCAAUCAAAACGACAUGGCUUAUUUUGGAAAGGUUGGCAUUGGAAGCCCUCCACAGUACUUCUACCUACACUUUGACACCGGCUCCAGCACGCUGUGGGUCAACUCUGUCUACUGCAAAAGUGCUGCCUGCAAAAGUCAUCCUCUCUUCAACCCGAAAGAGUCUUCCACGUUCACCAGCAAUCACAAACCAUUUUCAGUCAAGUAUGGAACAGGCAGUGUUCAAGGUUUUGUUGGCUAUGACACAGUCAGAUUGGGUCAGCUUGCUGUCAAAAAACAGCAGAUCGGUUUAAGCACUUCAGAGCCUGGUAAUCAUUUUGCAAAGCCUCUGCAUGAUGGACUCAUGGGCCUGGCCUUCAUGUCAAGUCAACAUACCAUCGUUGAUACCAUGAUCCAAGAAGGUGUUAUUGAUGAGCCGAUCUUUGCUUUUUACUUGAGCAGGGACUCUGAGAGUGAAAGUGAGGUGGUGUUUGGUGGAGUUGAUCACUCUCAUUACCAAGGUCAGAUCAACUGGGUUCCUGUACAACAUAACAGCCACUGGCAGCUGGUCUUUGAAGGUUUUGAGGUGAAUCACAACUCACCUGGAUGGUGUGAAAAUGGAUGUACUGCUAUUACCGACACAGGAACGUCACUGCUGCUGUGCCCACCACAGUAUGUAAAAUCUCUCCAUAAAAUGCUGGGAGCCCAUCAGGAUGGCAAUGGCAACUACAUGUUUGACUGUAAUGCUGUGAGCAGCCUUCCCACACUGACGUUCGUUAUGAACGGAGCUCACCUGCACUUGCCGGGUAGUGCUUAUGUGCUUCAGGGAAGUCAUUCUAGCUCCCACUGCAAGAGUGGCAUAGGGGCAUCACAUGAGGAGUACAGAAACGGUCAUCCUUACUGGAUCCUGGGUGAUGUCUUCCUCAGGCAGUUCUACUCUGUGUUUGACCAAGGAAAAGCUAGAGUGGGAUUUGCUACCUUAGCAUAAAGUUAUCCUCUCUGAAUCAUCAUGAAGUCAUGAUUUUCUUGUUCAUGAUUUUAAAAAGAAUGAAUGCAUGAGUAAAUGUCUAAGACUUGUUUGUU